AUGGGAUACAUUAUUGAAUAUGCAAAGAGCGAUCGUAGUCACUGUAGAGGCCCAAUAACGAUUUGUCCAAGCCCAGACCGCAGAAUUGAAAAAGGGGAAUUGCGCUUGGGCGUUGAAGUUGAAAGGUUCCAAGGAAUUACGUGGAGACACUGGACAUGUUGUACAUCUGAAGUGAUUAGUAACAUGAAAAAUGCAUUAUCCAGUCCUGAGGCAAUGGGUGGUUGGAAUGAGCUUCGAGAAGAUGACAAAGAACGAAUUCGAAGAGCUUGGGAAGAAGGAGAUAUUCCUAACAUCGAAAAGCCAGAACCUGCACACUCAAAAAGGCCUAGAGGAAGAAAACUUAAGCAAGAAAAUCAAAAUGAGGAGUACAGGGAACUUGACGAAAAUGAUGUGAGUGAAGAAGGAACUGAGCACGAAGUUGAUGAUGAAGAUGCGGAUCAAGACGAGAAUACUGAUCAGCCAGAAUAUACCGAUGAUGAAGCUCAUCAUGAUGAAAAUUAUCAUAAAGAGAAUAGAAAGCAUCAGGAUCCUGGCCCUUCUCAGUCUAAUAGGAAGAGAAAGAUUGCAGAUCAGCCUGUUAGCGAAGAAGAAAAAGAUAGGAAAAUCCGAAAGGUGAGAAGUGAAGCCGGUAGAAAAGGCGGCCGAGCAAGCAGAGGCAAGAAAAAAUCUAGAGCUGGCCGUAAUGUUGGUGGAGGUUCUCGCUCCAAGACUGGUUCUGAAAUUCGUAACGAUCUUCCCAAGAAUAUGACUUCACAAGGCCUUGAAGAGAGCCGUUUAACUGAUGAGGACCAUGUUAAUGAAACGGUUGACGAACAAAACUAUGAAGAAGACGUUGAUCCCCGGUAUGUGUUAGAGCGUUUAGUGAAAUCAAUUGGGACAGAGCUCCAACUAUUUAGCCCUAGUGAGUUACCUCCACCUAAAAAUGCCGGUAAAAAGAGAAAAGCCAAGGAAGAAGGUGAUGUUAAAAUGAAGAAAUCCAGAGCAACUGAAUGAACGCUUUCAAAUUGUAGCAUACGAUCAUUUUUUAUUUCAAUACUAUCGAAAUAAAUAGCACUUUUUAUAUAGAGUGAUUAGCAUAUCAAAAAAAAAGGAUGAUAAAGUUAAUAUGAUA